AUGUCAAUAACCCAACUUCCUUGUCACAUAUCUGGUUGCAAACAGAUCUUCAAGAACAAGUCAGGCCUAACCAAGCACCUGCAUACCCUACACCCAGAUCCUCUGCAUCAUCAUAGGACCUUUCAUCAAGCAGCGCCUCCCCCACCUCACUUUCCAAGUCCUGAGCAUCAUAAUUUUGAUGAUGCACCCCUUCCAGCUACAGCUGAUACUCUGGAACACCAAGGAGAUGCUAAUGGAUUUAUUCUGGAAGAGGGCACUUAUGUGCAGUUUGGGCCACUUUUACGGGCAUUCCAUCCUCGUCUUACAGGACUCAAGUGUGAUAUUGAUGGCAAUACUAUUGACCAGACUACACCACCACCACCAUGA